UGCAGUCACAAAUGCCGCUUGUCUAUUCCCUGCUCGUCUGUUCUCGACCAACAACGCACUCACACUCGUACUUCGAAAGUAGAUCUUGCUUCGCCUUUUGCCUUUCAAGCAUUGUUUGCCCAGUCGAAAUUCGUCCCUUCCCCACGAGAGACAUUUCUUUGGGUCCAGCGUGAUCGUGACCACGACAAUUAAUCUGCUACCAAGUACCUAGCUAGCUAGGUACUCGAGUACUGGCCGCAUUGCAUACCUAGGCAGGCAUGGGACAGGGUGGCAGAGCUAGGUAAGUGUUGUGCUCCCCGCUCAUAGACUACAAACUACAAACCCUCAACAAUCCGCCCCUCGCCAGAUUCCUACUCCCACAAUCCACAAAACACAAUUGGACAUCGCAGCAGGGACAACAUACUUCAACCUCUCGCAACGACGAUUCAAGGCGGGCCUCAACUCCGCCAUCAUCGUCGCAAUGAGUACGCCAGCUGUAGCCAGUACCAAUGGUGAUGGCCUUCGGGAGCGCAUAGUCGCACAUGCGGAGAACGGAUCCUUAGCCUCCAGUAGUGGGGAGAACACCCCGCGAAAUGAUGAAUUGGAGGCAGAAAAGUCGAAGAAAACUUUUGGCAGAACUCCAGAUGGCACCAUCUUCACCGUACCGCAAACCCAUGAUAUGGUCUCCCAAUUACUCGAUCCUCGACAGCCUAAGAACCUUUCCGAUGCGAUCGUCAUAGCCAUACUCUGCAUGCACAUAGCUGCUCUAUACCUAUUGCCUUCCUUCCUCAAGCGUCCUGGCUUUGCAGUCAUUUUCCUCUUCUGGCGAGGCUGCUACAAUGUCGGAAUAGGGUAUCUUCUACAAAUCCAGUCGAACCACCGACGCCUAGUAGCAUGGGCCAAGAGGUUCAAUCUCUUUGAGGAUCCCAGUACUGGAAAGAAUCCUCGUCCGUGGCUGUACAAACUGAUGAAACGCGAACUGGAGACCAAGAUCCCAGAAGAUUAUAAAUUUGAGGAAGCCCCAAUUGAGUACAACACAUGGCUCGUCUUCCGCAGAGUUGUGGACUUGAUUCUGAUGUGUGACUUCACUUCCUACUGUUUAUUCGCUAUUGCGUGUGGCGGUCGUCCCGAGGGAGAAGGUCCUGCUAUGUACAUCGCGCGGUGGGCUACAGGCAUCAUUCUGGUGGGCUUCAAUCUCUGGGUCAAACUAGAUGCCCACCGGGUGGUCAAGGAUUACGCUUGGUACUGGGGUGACUUCUUUUACUUGAUCGAUCAAGCCUUGACGUUCGAUGGUGUUUUUGAGAUGGCGCCUCACCCAAUGUACUCUGUUGGUUAUGCAGGCUACUACGGCAUCUCCAUGAUGGCGGCUAGUUACAAUGUUCUCUUUAUCUCGAUCAUUGCCCACGCAGCACAGUUCGCCUUUCUCAUUUACGUAGAGAACCCUCACAUCGAGAAGACAUACAAUCCACCACCACCUAGAAAGCGAGAGCUGCAGCCAAACCAAAGCGACACUCUAUUGGCGACCACCACAGCCACUACAAGUAGGGAGAGUCUCGAUAGUCCCGAGCCGUCUGGAACAGUGUCACCGUUCCCUCCCGUUACGUCUCAACCACUGUCCGUACAUGAUCUAAUCGGUCUUAGAAAUAUCGACUUGUUCCGCAUAACUGAUGUUUCUGUGCUUUUACUUCAGUUAGGAAUGAUCAUUAUCACCGCUGCCACACCGACUACGCCUUUGUCCCAGGCUAUGUUCGUAUUGAACGCUUGUUUGUGGCGAUUGUGGUAUGCUGUCGGUCUCGGCUCAAUCCUCAAGCAACAGUCGGACAACAAACUUUGGACUCGCCAUUUCCUCAAGUUUGGUGAAGGCACAGAAGAAGCCUGGAGACAGUGGAAAAGCAUGUACCACGUGAGUAUGACCAUGUGCUAUGUGAGUUUCAUUGCAGCAGCAUGGAAGAUGUAUUCCUUUCCAGCAGAUUGGAAUUACGGACUCGUUCUCCUGAAGCAUGUGGUCGGAGCAGGACUAGUUGCGCUGCAAGUCUGGACAGCCGUCAGUAUCUACGAAUCUCUUGGCGAGUUCGGCUGGUUCUUUGGAGACUUCUUCUUUGACCACCGUCCCAAACUGACCUACAGUGGAAUCUACCGGUAUCUCAACAACCCUGAGCGUAUCAUCGGGUUGGCGGGUAUUUGGGGAGCUGUUCUCAUUACAUGGAGCCCCGCCAUAUUCUUCCUCGCCCUCCUCAGUCAUGUUGUGACCCUCGGUUUCAUUCAAUUCGUGGAGAAGCCGCAUAUGCAGAAGCUAUAUGGUAGAAACUUACGAACUGAAGCUGGGCUGACCAAGAGCAUUCGAAGAUCGCUCCCACCUCCGUUGAAGAAGUUCCAAGGCAACUUAGACAAAGUCUUGGGUGAUACCACACACUUUGUGGAAGAUUUCCUUGAUGCAGCACGACCAAAGCUUGCAUCCGGCGUCUCUACUAUUGUCAGAGAUACAACUGCUCUGUUCAGUCAAUAUCCAGCCAGACUUACUCUUACUAAGCUGGCACCCGACCUGGCUGGCUUUGAUCCUCGUGAUUAUUCCAUCGAGGUUGAGGGUACUCAGUCUUCGAUAACUGCUCUGAGUGAGCGCACAACUGGAAAGGAAGGUCUCUCAGCAAGAUUUCCCCGGCAAAGAGACGACGGAUAUGAACCUCUUUCUUUCGAGUACGGUGCCCCCAUCAAAGUCAAGUGGAAGGCACCGGUCAACCACAGCAAAAGUGACUGGGUCGGACUCUAUAUGGUAGCGGACAAUGCUUCUCGAGAAGUCACCCGCGUUUCUUCUGCUGGUCGCUGGGUAGCAACUGUUCCCAACGAAUAUGAGUCUGGUCCAGGCAACAAUGGCAUUUUGGUCUCCAACAAACUCGUCAAAGGCGCGAAGCGUGAGGAUGGGACUACAUGUGAUUUCAUGUAUGGUGAAAUGCUGUUCGAAGGUGACAAACUAUGGUGGACUCAGGGCGUCUUUGAAUUCCGAUAUCACCACGAUGGCAAGCACAAUGUGAUGGCGAUCUCACUACCUUUCGAGAAUCGCAUCCCACGCUUCGACGAGUACGACGAGACACAUAUGGAUGCAAAUGGACUAGUUCGCUCUGCUGUUCAAGACGCAUUGCUCCCCGUGGUCAAGAAUUGUUUCGAUCGUGAUCCCGAGAUUGCACCAAACACAGUUGAGGAGAGCUUUGGCAGCCUGGUGGAAAGAGAUGGAAAGUAUGCCAAGAGAGUGGUCUAUGCAGUCCACCAGAUGUUCGCCCUUGAGCUUGCACCUGGAGUUGUAAAUGCCGACGGGAAUGUCAAGAAGUUGGCUUGGCGUAUUUGUGUUGCUAAGCAAGCUCUGGCCCCAUACAGUAUGUCUCAUUCCAGAGGCACAACUACACCAACGGGAGAGGGAGAGAAGUGUUGAGUGGUGCAUUAGAGGGGUGGUUUAGAGAGACAUGAUGGUUGCGAAGUUACGGAGAUACCCUUCAUUGGUGCAUUGUUUUGUAGCUUUGAUUUCAUGCAUAGCGGUGGGAGAGACCUUUGCAUUAGGGUUAGGAAUAUGAAAAGUGUUAC